AUUUAUCUUGAGAUAGUUUAAUUAAGUAGUGAGCGUCACUGAUUCUAGUAAUAUAAGAAAUUAAGAAUGCUAUAUCAUUUAAGAUAAAAAGACUAAAAGAAAGUAAGAAUGUAACAGGAUAGAAAAAAAUAGUUAUAAAAUUUGAUAUUUUGAGUGUAAACAAAAUAAAAUAUACUAGUAUAAAUUUUAGAAGUGUUUAGCAUAUAGCAAAGAAUUGAGGAGGGGAAAAAUACAAGGCCAGUUUUUGGGAGAGAGCUGGCAUCAUAAAAGGGCCUCGACAUUUCAAGAUUGAUCAGUUUGUUGAGAAAAAAUUGGUUUCGUUUCUUUAGAAUUUUUGUGUUUGGGUGAAGAAGAUGAGGAGAACUGCGUCUCAACCCCUGCUGAGGCAUUUUCUUGAAGAUGAGGAAUUUGAAGAUGAAGUUUUGAGGGCCGAACCCAAACCUUUCAGAGAUGUUGAUCCUCUAACCAGACAACUCUCCUGCAUCUCCAUCCCUAAAAGAGAUUCCAAGAAAACUUGUGAAGAGUUAUCCUGCGGAGCGUGGAGGCAAGAGCAGAGGAGUGGAGCCGCAAAGCUCAAGAAACAGCUCAAGGCAAGAUGGGCCAUUCAGAAGCUAAUCGACGAGCAACUGGGGCGAUUGAAGGCCCAUUACGGGCGGGCCAUGGGCCCAACCAAGAUGUCCGACGUGGCCGACCUGCUCAUGCCGAAAUGGGCCCCACCCCACGAAGUCGCCGCCGUGUUCUGGCUGGGCGACUGGCGGCCCUCCACCGUCCUGGAGCUCCUCCGCUCCAUCGCCCGCUCCUUGGACGUGUGGGACCCCGUCGCGGUGGAACGGGCCCUCUCCCAACUCAUCAACGACAUGCGCAGCGAAGAGGCCGUCAUCGACGAGGAAAUCACCGAGCUCCACUCCAACUGCGUCCUUCACCUCCCUUUCGGCCCGGCCCACAACCACACCAAUUGGCCCGCCCUAGCCCACGUUCGCUCCGAGCUCAGGAAGGUCCACCGGGUCAUCGUCAAGGCCCAAAAUCUGAGGAUUAAGGCAUUGGAGUUCGUGGUGAAGAAGGUGCUGAGCCAAAGUGAUGCAGCAGAGUUCCUAGUUGCAUUUAUGGGAAUUCAAGAUGUGAUUAAUGAGAUUACCACCAAAUUUAAGACGCGCAAUGCACUGCCGCCUGCACCGUUCAAGAAUUCCGACUCUGCUUGGAACUGACCUCACCUAUAUUUCUUUUUCUCCAAAUUCUAUCUUUUCAUUGCAUAUAUGCAUAAACUCAACACUUGUAUAGCCUUUGUUUUUUAGUAAUUGAUGCUGUUUAGUGA